AUGGUGCUCUCCAAACUAGCUCUUUACGCCUGCAUCGCCGGCAUAUCCUCUCACCCGAUUAUACGACGCGCCGAGCCGACCGUACCUGCAUUCGUCAUAACCCUCGUCUUGUCGGGGGUGAUGAUCAUCCUAGCCUCCUGGGCCGUUGUCGGUACAGAGGUCAAGACCGCCGUGUACCAUACAAUUGAGGCAUUCCUAUCGUUUCUCCUCUCUCUGGCUGGAACAGUCGUGCUAUAUCGGCUGAGUCCAUGGCACCCGCUCGCAAAGUACCCCGGCCCGACUUCAGCUAAGAUUACAAAAUGGUGGAUGGCAAUCUGGAUUGCCAAAGGAAAUCGCCACCUAAAAUUGCAGGAACUGCAUGGUACAUACGGACCUUGGGUCCGGAUAGGUCCCAAUGAGAUUUCUGUUAACGUCCCGGAUGCAAUUAAACCGAUUUACAGUCAAAUGUUUAGAGCUCCGUUUUACCAAGGAGCACCUCAGGACGCAGAUGCUCUGAUUACAACUACUGACCGUGAUGAACAUGCACGAAGACUUGUCGCAUGGAACAAGGCGUUUAGCAAUGAAAUGGUGCAGAUAUACCGAGGCUUUGCCCAGACUCGUCUUGAUCAACUGGUCGAUAUCCUCAAACAGAAAGCAGUGAAUGGCAAGAAUAUAUCGCUCUCGCACUGGAUCUCACUGUGGGCGAUGGAUGUAAUGGGUGAUAUGGCCUUCUCCGGUGGUUUCGAGACGAUGGCUGCCGGCCGCGACAGUGAAGGAUGGAUGGAAGUGCUAUCAAUGGGUGUACUCUUUGUAGGAAUCCUCGGACAGGUGCCGUGGAUGAAGGACGUCAUUGCCCUUCUUCCCCAACCAGGGCCAAUAAUAACAUUCCAAAAGGCAUGUUUUUCGGGAGAGAAAGUCAAAGAAACAAAAGCCAAGUCGGCAGGCAUGAAGAAGGACAUUCUAGGGAUUAUACAAGACGAGGAGUCCGGUGGAUAUCAUCUUAGCGCAAAGGAAGCUUCGGCAGAUGCGUCCUUCAUUGUUGUUGCAGGCUCUGAUACCAUCGCGCAGGCCUUAAUGGCGCUGCUUCGGUACAUAAUUGGGAAUGGGGAUGCCAUGAAUCAACUCCGUGCAGAAAUCAGUGAAGCAACGGACGGAGGAACUGUAGAUGUAGACGCCGCAACCCUCACAAGACUCCCCUACCUCGAUGCGUGCGUGCAAGAGGCAUUGCGACUCGUUCCUCCUGUGCCAGCAGGUCCCCCUCGCUACAGCGGAGAUCAUGGGUGCGAAGUCCUGGGCAGGUUUAUCCCUCCACACACAACUGUCGCGUGCCCGAUAUUUACACUGCACCGGGACCGCAACAAUUUCGCUCGACCCGAUGAAUUCAUUCCGGAGCGAUGGCUCCAGUCUUCCAACAUCCAGCCGCAUAGCAGGGACGCGUAUGUCCCAUUUAGCUAUGGCUCUGGUGUUUGUAUUGGAAAGCAGGUGGCUUUGCAGAAUAUGAAGCUUUUUACUGCCGGCUUACUAAACUCUUUUGACCUUUCCUUCGGGGAGGGAUUUGAUGUUGCCAAGUAUGACGCCUCUUACAAAGAACAUAAUCUGUGGCUUCACGAUUCGCUUGAAGUUCGCCUAGUGGGUCGUGUGAAUGGGGGUGGAUCCAUCUAG